AUGGUGAACACUGGCAUGCAGCUGAUCAGCUUCACCUGCGCGGUGACCGGCUGGAUCAUGGCCAUCGCCGUCACGGCCUUGCCCCAGUGGAAGGUGUCGGCCUUCAUCGGCAGCAACAUCCUGACCUCGGAGAUCAAGUGGGAGGGCAUCUGGAUGAACUGCAUCUACCAGAGCACCGGUCACAUGCAGUGCAAGACGUACGACUCCAUGCUGGCCCUGCCGCCGGACAUCCAGGCGGCCCGAGCCCUCAUGUGCCUGGCCAUCUUCAUGGGCUGGCUCUCCUGCACCGUGUCCUGCUGCGGCAUGAAGUGCACCACCUGCGCCGGGGACGACCGACGGGCCAAGGCCGGCAUCGCGCUCUCGGGCGGCGUGCUCUUCAUUCUCACGGGCCUGUGCGUCUUGAUUCCCGUCUCCUGGACCGCCAACACCGUCAUCCAGGAUUUCUACAACCCCAACGUGCCCCUGAUGCACAAGCGGGAGCUGGGUCAGGCCAUCUACCUGGGCUGGGCGUCCGCGGUCAUCCUCAUGAUCAGCGGAGCCGUGUUGAGCAGCACCUGCCCCCUCAUGGAGAGGAGCGGCCGAUACCGCAGAGGCUACAUGGGCCGGAGCUUUGCUAAUUCACCCGCUUCGGCACCGGAUCCCCCGAAACCCAUCACAUCCAACAGUCUGCCCCUGAAGGAGUAUGUAUAG